CCCGCGCACCGCUCGCCUCUGGGCCUGCGGAGCGUGUAGGUCUGUCAGGGGCGUCCGGCGGCGCCGCUUUGCGCUGCGGGCGCUUCACCUGAGGCGGGGGCCGCUGCGGGCUCCCCGCUUUCCCCGGACGCGCGCAGAAACUGGGGGCCCCGGCGGCGCUGCACCAGCCGACAGUGAUAUCCUAAGAGAAGAUGGGAAAGGGCUGUAAGGUUGUGGUUUGUGGCUUGUUAUCUGUGGGGAAAACGGCAAUUUUGGAGCAGCUCCUUUAUGGGAAUCAUACUAUUGGAAUGGAGGACUGUGAAACAAUGGAAGAUGUGUAUAUGGCUUCAGUGGAAACAGAUCGGGGAGUCAAAGAACAGUUACAUCUUUAUGACACCAGAGGCCUACAGGAAGGCGUGGAGCUGCCAAAGCAUUAUUUUUCAUUUGCUGAUGGCUUUGUUCUUGUGUACAGUGUGAAUAACCUUGAAUCCUUUCAAAGAGUGGAGCUUCUGAAGAAAGAAAUUGAUAAGUUCAAAGACAAAAAAGAGGUAGCCAUUGUCGUGUUAGGAAACAAAACUGACCUUUCUGAGCAGAGACAAGUGGACGCCGAAGUGGCACAGCGGUGGGCCAGGAGCGAGAAGGUACAUCUGUGGGAGGUGACGGUCACAGACCGCAAGACCCUGAUCGAGCCCUUCACCCUGCUAGCCCGCAAACUCUCCCAGCCCCAGAGCAAAGCGAGCUUCCCUCUGCCUGGGAGGAGAAGCAAAGGCAACUCCAGCUCUGAGAACUAAACCCUAGGGUGCACAACUGUCUCUUGAAUGGUGACUGUCUCGAGGUGUCUGUGAACUCAUGUAAAACAGGCCGUUUCUACCUUUGGUCCUUAGGAAGCCCCUAGGGAAGUAAUUUAAUGCACUUUCAGUUAUAAUUCAGUUACUGUUGCCUGGCAUGAAGUAAUAUAUUUGCAUUCUCCUUGUUUCAGACUUGUCCCUAAAAUUAGCACCUUUGUUAUCUAUAUUAUGUUGCAUUUGUCAAAAGAAUAAAAUUUGGGUGGAAUGCA